UUUAAGUGAGUUUUCUUUGAGUUCUUGAAUGUCCAUUAAGUUUAAGCCUUGAAAUUGAAUUACCAUCCUUGAGUUGAAUGUUAAGGGUUGAAAAUGGAUUUGACCUUAAUGUUGGAGUUCGCUUGGGUGUUAUUUGAAACAUUAAAUGGUUUUAGGUAUUAGAUUCGAAUUUAGAAAGACAUUAAUGUAUUGUCAAGGCGAUUUCGACAAGGUAUCGGUAAGGUUUUAGAUAAAUUUAGUGAGUUCUCUCAUAGUUCUUAAAAAACCUAUUUAGUUUUAACAUAAACUUGAUAUUACCUACAUUGUUUUGUAUGGAAGAUUGAAGAUUUGGAGAACUUGGAAGCAUUGAUUAACAUGUUUAAGGUCGUUUUAGACAAGUUUGGGAAGUUCCUAAGUAUUUGACUUGUUAUAUUGGUAUUGAGAUUGUUAAUGGAUCUAAACCUCUAAGGUAUGGAUAUUAGGAUAUAAGAGCUUAUGGAUAUGAAAUACGACUUAAGUUCGGGUGCUUAUGGCAUUAAGAGUUGAAGUUGAAGUUAAAGUUUAAGGGACCAAAAGUGAAAUUUUAACAUAAAUGAAAGCAUUUGGGGGAAUAAUUCAAUCUAAAUCUUAGGAAGUGUUUAAUGUUGUUGGUCUCUUGUUGAUACAAUGGAUAUAAAUAAAUAAAAAAUGAUAAUGGAGAUAAAAGUGUCUCCAUGUGAAAGACCCAUUGUGCUUGAACUAAGUUGGAUGCUCAUUGGUUUAAGUAUCUAGAUUUCAAAUCUAAGGGUUUGUAGGUGAAAAGUCUAUUCUAAUCUAAGGCGAAUUGAGAAUUCAAGACUUUAGAAACAUAAAAUAGUUUGAGUUGGCCUUAUGAAGUGAUUUGGAGAUUGUUGUGUCAUCUUGCUUUGUGAAGAUAAAUGAUGGAACUUAAUCUUUGCUUCAGGCCAAAUUGAAGUGGGGAAAGUGUAUAAUCCCGGGGGAUUGAGUCAUUGAAAUUUUUUCUGGAGUAAUAUUGCGGCAGAUUUCUAUGGAAGAGGCGAAUGAAAUUUUGAAGAAUAACAGAAUUGAAGAUAUCAGUUGGCUUUGUUCACUAUCUGAAUCAGAACUUGACCUGCUGAUUAGCAUUAAAAUGCUAGUUCUCCAACGUGCAAAAGCAAUUGGUCAUGAAAAUUUAGCUGAGAAAUUUGAUUUGAGAACGCUACGUGCUAUUGGGUUUGUUUUGAUGGAACAUCUUAAAGGAAAACUUAGAACAUCAGAUGUUUCAGAUCUAUCUCAAUCUACCUUUAAUGCGUGCAACUUGUUAGAUAGCAAUCUUGAGAAAAUUUUGUCAAUUGAUGAGAUAAUGGCAAGUAUUUGCUCAGACAGAAGGAAGAAACCAGGAAAAAGGUCGCGGGAAAAGGUUGAUUUGAGUUACAAGAAGAACGGCAAGUCGUGAAUACUAGAAGCUCAUCUGAUUCAUGGAAGUUGUCUUUGCCAACCUGUCGGCAUCAUGCACAGCUUCCCACAUUGCAAAACUUGGCAGGAAUCAUUCUAACAGCCAUGGUGGUCGCCAACAUUUUUGUUAGUUAUAAAUAUAAUAGUGCAGGAAGCGAAAGGAAUAUGUAUUAUUAAUGGUUUGAGCUAUAUCUUAUUGAGCCAUAUCAGAUGACAGGGAAAAUUUUGUAGUUCCACUCCAUUCAUUUAUUGUCACAAAACGAAGCAUUUGAGAACAAAUUCUCAAGUUUAGUCUUUAUUCUUCUAUUUGGUAAAAUAUAGUCUAAUCUUUGUCAUGAUUAAUUUUGUAUCAUACCUCUCUUUAUAAUAUAAAUUAAUUUAAAUUA